GAACAUUAAGUGUGAACAGCUUUUUACUGAGAAACUUUUCUUUCUCCAAAAUAAUAACAGAUGUGUGCAUUAAACAUAAUGAUAUAUGUGCAUAAAUAUACCUGAUACAGAAGCUAUAGCUGCAUGUUUGACAACAAACUUUACAUUUAUAUUGAGAUGCAAAACAUUAAAGUCCUGUAAACACUGCAUAAACCCUUUAUUGUUUUGCUGAAAGUCUUUGUCAACAAACUUCUCUCAGCAACAUAGGAAUGGUUUCAGUUUAUAACAGCUUAGAAAGUUUAAGAUGAUAAAUAAGAGGCUAACCAAACUUAGCAUGACAGUUCUGUUUUAAACAUCCAACUCUGUUAAUCUUCAACCACUUAUUUUCGAUCAGAAAAAAGAAAUGUUAAAAAGUUAGCCAUUAGAUAUUCACUGCUUACAAUUGCCUAUUUUUAAAGGUCCAACAAUAAAUCUUCAUUAAUAUGCAACUACGCAGAAGCACCGUCUUCCUUAUUUUCACUCUUUGGGGGUUCAGCCAAUCAGCACGCAGAGAAAAUAAAUGGAACUCCUUGAUUGGCUGCAAGCACCAGCCUAUGAACCAUGACUUCCAGACACUCUUGACCAAUGACAUAAUGGCUGCUGUUAGGUUGGAAAGAUAUAAGCGAUGUGGCAAGCUGUCUCUAUUAGAACUGUUUCUACUACGAUUCAGUUCACUACUUAGUGAACACGAAGAGUGCAUACUGCAUGGAGGAUCUUCACGGCCUGAAAUCCAUCAAUCGAUGUUUGAACGGCUUUAUGAAUAACAAAGUUCCGGUGGCUGGCAGAAUGGACGAUAUAGACGCUAUGUUCAGCGACCUGCUGGGGGAGAUGGACCUCCUGACUCAGAGUCUCGGACAGGAAACAGAACCUCCUGAACCGCACCCCAGCACUAGGCGGGAAAUCAACUUCUCUGUCGGCUUUACUGGCCUGAACGCGUCCCUACAUGACCUGGAGGACAAUGACUUGGACGCCCUGAUGGCCGACCUGGUGGCCGACCUCAGUGAGACAGAAAAGAAACUGGAAGCAGAAAUACAAGGCCUGAAAGCGCCACCAUCGUCUUCAUCAGACCUGCCGCCACCGCCCAAAGGCCUGGGCGUGCAGCCUGCCUCCUCCAUUACAUCACCACCGUCUCCAGGAAAUAACAGAGGCAGCAGUGUCUCCACCACAUCUUCUUCCACCUCCUCACCCCUGCCGCCUCCCCCUCUGCAGUCAUCAAAACCCACAAUGGAAGAAAUCGAAGCUCAGAUCAAGACAGAUAAAAUCAAGCUUGCCUUGGAGAAGCUAAAGGAAGCCAAAGUGAAAAAGCUGGUGGUGAGGGUGCUCAUGAACGAUGGCAGCUCCAAAACUCUGAUGGUUGAUGAGAGGCAAACCGUGAGAGAGGUUCUGGACAACUUGUUUGAGAAGACUCACUGCGACUGCAACGUAGACUGGAGUCUGUGUGAAACCAACCACGAGCUGCAGCUUGAACGGACAUUUGAGGACCAUGAGAACCUGGUGGAGCCUCUCCUUGCCUGGACAAGGGACAGUGAAAACAAAGUCCUUUUCCAGGAGAGAAAAGAUAAAUUUGAGGUUUUCAAAAACCCACAGAACUUUUAUCUUUGGAAAAAGGAUAAGAAAACUCUCAAAGACAUGAAAGACAAAGACAAGGAAUUGUUGGUGCAGGAGAACUUCUGUGGAACGUCAAUCAUCGUUCCCGACCUGGAGGGCGUUCUGCACCUCAAAGAAGACGGAAAAAAGUCGUGGAAGCAGCGACUCUUUCAGCUCCGAGCCUCAGGAAUUUAUUACGUUCCCAAAGGAAAAACCAAGUCGUCCCGCGAUCUGAUCUGCUUCGUCCAGUUCGACAACGUAAACGUUUACUACGGCAAAGACGUCAAGAACCGAUACAAGGCCCCGACUGACUUCUGCUUCGUUCUAAAGCAUCCUCAGAUCCAGAAAGAGUCUCAGUACAUCAAAUAUCUUUGCUGUGACGACGCUUGGACCAUGAAGCUCUGGGUAACCGGGAUACGGAUCGCUAAGUAUGGAGGGUCGUUGCAUGAAAACUUCAAAACGGCAGAGAGGAAGGCCGCUUCCAGCGCCGCCAUGUGGACAAACCGCAGCACUCCGUCCAGCUCCAGCCCUUCAACGCCGUCGCCAACCAUCAGAGCCAAAGCACCAACUCAGGCCAACGGCCACGCCCCCAACCCGCAGCCUGGACCACCGCACCAGGGCAUCGGUAAUCUCCCUGCUCCUCCCCCUCUGAACGAGAUUCUCCCUCCUCCUCCUCCCGACCCUGUCCUUCCUCCUCCACCGCCAUCGCUGGCCUCCAAGCCUCUACCCAGCAACUUCCCCCCACCUCCACUUUCCAUGGACGGCCUCCCUCCUCCGCCGCCGCCUCCACCCAUGAACAACUUCUCAGAAGAUCCUCCAGACUUCCUUCCUCCUCCUCCACCUCCUACAAGCUACAGCUCAUUUCCUCCUCCUCCUACCAGCUACAACUCAGAUCCUCCUCCUCCUCCUCCGGCUCCGGUGGCUAAUUUUGGUAGAAACAUCAACAAAUCUCUACCCCCUCCGCCUUUAAAUCCAGAGCUUCUACCUCCGCCUCCACCUGAUCCAGUGUUCGUAGCAUCAGGUGCGCCUCCACCACCUCCACCUCCACCUCCACCUCCUCCUGCUCCUGUUUCCACUCCGCGACCUGCAGCACAGCUGAGGAAGAUGCCUCCGGCUCCUCCGAAGAGGACAACACCAUCGCUGCAUGGUGGCAGCGGCGGCGGUGGCGGCGGGGGGGACUUCAUGUCAGAACUGAUGUCAGCCAUGAGGAAGCGUACUGAUCAGUAGCUCCAGAGGGAAAAAAUACAAAACAAAUCAUUUUACUCCAGAUGAUUACAAUAGAGGUUAAUACUAGGGAUACAAACAAUUCAUUAAUUGUCAAUUAGAUUAAAAUUAGAUCUAACAAAUUCACUAAUAAUGUCUUAGAUAUUCAGUUAGUGUUGUAGUUUGUCCGCCAUCCAGCAGAGGGCACCGUUGGUCACCAUCUUUAAGCGGAGCCGUUGAUACAGAAUUAAACAUGGCGGCCAUUUUAGUAGGGGGAAGAGAAACGGUCCAAACAAAGUGCAUUGUGGGAUCUUAAAACUGGUUUAAUGAUUAAAUGCACUUUAUGCAGUUCUGUUUUGAAAUAUAAACCGAUUACAACAAAUAUAACAAAACAGGAACUUAAGAGGUUCCCGUUUUGUAGUAUUUUAUAAAUAAGUUUAAUAAUGUGAGAAACCCACAAUUUUCUGCGUAUUUAGUCAGUAUUUAAGACAGCUGACGCAAAAUGUUCAAAUUAAUUUAAAUAAGUCAGUGUAUCAUAAAAAAUGUAGACCUGUAUAGUAUGGAAAAUGCUCAGCCCUUUUUAUUCAAGAGAAAACUCAUCAAUUAAUCAGUUGAUAAGAUUAAUACGGUUUCAUUUCUGCAUCCAGUCACCGUACUUUUCCUGAACAUUAUUUUUAAAAUAAUCAUUUGAAGUAAAUCCAUAAAGGUUGAAAGUUUGUGUUAACAGAGGAUAAUGUAACCAUAAAGAUACUUUUAUGUAAAGAAAUGUGUAUAUAUUUGCAUUGACUGUAAAUACUGCAGAAAGACAUUCCUUCGUUCUGUUCAGAGGUUUUAUUGUUACAGCCAUGGCUAAGAGUUUUGGCCCAAGUGUGUUUUACAAAUUUUGAAAUGUUACUUUUGUGUGUUAACAUUUCACUGCAUGUAAUCGAUCACUGUUAAAAGCUGUAUUAAAUUAAAAUUUUAUAAAAAAUUAUUUUCCACUGUCUUUUACCAUAAAAUUGUGAGAUGUGGAGAGAAAAUAUGUGGGAAAAAGUGUGUUUUUUCUGUUCUGAGUAACUCUAAAACAUAAAAUACAAUUUUAAAUGUGUAAAAUUAAAGCCAAAAUGUGUUUUCAAAACAUAAAUCUGGGAUAAAGAUGCAUAAAAAUGGGGGUAAUGACUUAAUAUAUUUCUGUUGGUAAUUUUGGUUUUCACAGCUGAUAAAAAAACAUCAGAUUGAUGGUUUUUAUUAUUGGUUUAUUAGUUGUAGGCCACAACUAUCAAAUUAAUUAAAAUAAAUAUCGCACUGUGUGUAUUUAAUUAACACAAGU